AUGGCGAACGUCGUCAUCUUGCCAGGCUCCGGAUGCGCGCCGACGAUGCAGUGUAACUACUACGCCUGGCUCAAGAGCGCCCUGGUGGAGCGAAACAUCGUGCGCGACGUUCGAGUCACGACGCCGGCAAUGCCGGACCCACAUCUGUGCAGACAGAAAAUUUGGAUCCCACACUGCGAAGACGUCCUAAAGUGCGACGAAGAAUCGAUCGUCGUCGGGCACAGCUCGGGAGCGGUGUGUGCGCUCCGAUUGGCGGAGCGAAGGAGGCUCAGGGCGAUCGUUUUGGUCGCCGGGUACGACGACGACUUGGGCGACGCCAACGAGCGGGCGUCGGGUUUUUUUGACAGCGCAUUCGAUUACGAAAAGAUCAAGGAGAACUGCAGCGGAAGGAUCGAUUGCGUUAUCGGGCUGAGGGACGGAUUAGUUCCGGCGGAGAUGCAGAGAGAGUUGGCAAGUAAGCUCGGUGUGCGCGAGCCGACGAUUUGCGAGAAGCGAGACCACUUCUUCACGCCCCCUGCUGAGGAGAUUAUCGAGUCGAUCAAGCGUUUCGUGUGA